AUGAAUGAAACGUGCGUGAAAAUAUUCAAGAAAAAUUUCUCCGUCACUCUAAAUGUUCUUCUCCUUUUGAUUGUUUAUGUUUGUGCGAUUGUGUUUAUAUUGUUUUCUAAUAUCCUGAUGAUUAUUGGCACCAUCAAGUUAAACAAACAUCUUUCAUUAUCGAAGAAGUUAUUUUUAUGUCAGUCUUUUUCCGAUUUAGUCACUGGCAUUUUAACAGUCCCGAUUCAAAUCGGAAUGGUUAUCAAUGGAUCAAAGAGCAAUUGCACUUUAGUAUCCAUCCAAGCAUUUUUUAAUGCAUUUUCACCUAGCUUGUCAAUGAUGUUAUUAAUGGUAAUAUCUCUAUUUCGUUACGCACUGAUAACAAAGAAUUCCAAAGCAAUGAAAUUAACAUCACCGUCAGCAGUGAAAUUUAUUCUAAUUAUCCAAGUGUUGUUUUCGUUGUGUUACGCAUGCUGGUAUUGCUAUAUUUCACGCUUGACUCGCCAAUUACAUCACGUAAUUUUCUUGAUAUUUUCAUCCGCUUAUGUGAUUUGUAUCGUUACUGGCAUGAUUGUUAUAAAUUUGCGAUUGUUAUUUCACAUCAACAAAACAAGCAAGAACAGUGCGUUACGUAAAAAUUCAAACAUCAUUCAAUACCAUACAAAAGCCACUAAAACCAUACUUAUUAUAACAGUCGUGGCUAUACUAUGUUAUUUGCCACUUAUUAUUUUAUUUCCAUUUGUUGGAUUUCUAAUUGUCACUAAUGAUCCUCGUAGCCAUUAUUAUAACUAUAUGCUUCCUUGGGCGCAUGCACCCAUUGUGUAUAAUUCUGGCAUCAAUUCUAUCGUAUAUAUAUCCCGGAAUGGUGGCGUAUUAAAAUAUAUGAAAAUGUUUUUCACAAAAACUGUUGCCCAAGACAAUUUUUCAAAUGAUAGGAAUUCCUGUGGCCGAUUGAGUUGUCCUGAUAAAUAA